CCACUUUGCUAAUAUUCAACAAUGAAAAGGGUUUCUCUCCCGAAAACAUUGAAUCUAUCUGCAGUGUCGGAAAGUCCACAAAGAAAGACAACAGAAGUAGUGGUUACAUUGGUGAAAAAGGAAUUGGUUUCAAGAGUGUAUUUCUGCUAACAGUUCAUCCUUAUAUAUUUAGCAAUGGAUAUCGGAUACGUUUCAGUGAGAAACCUUGUCCAGACUGUGACAUUGGGUAUAUAGUUCCUGAAUGGGUUGAAGAAAAACCAACCAUUGAUGACAUAAAGAAGAUAUAUGGUGGUGCUGCUGGUUCUCUUCCAACUACAACACUUAUCUUACCUCUAAAGCCAGACAAGGUAAAUCCUGUGAAGCAGCAGCUCUCUAGUAUUGAUCCUGAAGUUAUGUUGGAAGAUAAUGAGGACCCAAAGCUGAAUAUCGAGAAUGCUGUGUCAGUUUCAAGCGAGAUUAACUUUUGCACCAGGAAAAACAUGAAUGCAGAAUCAUACACACUGCAUCUCUCUGCUGAGGAAAAUGGUAAGUCUGAAAACGGAUGCAGCUACUAUAUGUGGAAACAGAAGUUUCCUGUGAGGUUGGAAAAUGUGGUGGAAAGGAGAAGGAAUGUGCAGGAGUGGACUGUAACAUUAGCCUUCCCAAAUCAGGAGAGGCUUCAUAGGGGAAAGAGCUUACCGGGAAUCUAUGCAUUUCUUCCUACAGAAAUG